AUGAUAGGCACCAUCUUUUCAAUCCUCCUGACGAUAUUAAAAUUGUGUUUUGCCACCUCACCGAUAAUAGGUAUUAUCUUGAUAUUCGUGCUCAACAAAAAUAACGUCCCCGAUGACAAGAACAAAAAACCAGACUUUUAUUUCGAGGUAGAUUAA